GAUAGACUGGGCAUCAUAGUUGAUGGGCUGGAAAUUCUAGACACGCGCUCGCGACAAAUUCCGCCGCGAGAUGUCACCGCUGUAAACGUACGGUUGGCCCAUUUCCUGUCGUUAACCCCUUUGCCGUUUAAUCCGUUAAUACAGGACCUUUAACGAGUCUUGUGCGUUGGAAAUCUAGCGGGUAGGUGUUGGUCCCAUGCAUCACUUGUUGUUGCGGUGAAACAUGAGCGUCGCCCGUAAAGGCGGUAGUUGCGGCAACGGGGACACUCUGAACGAGUUGAUUGUCGAGAUAUGGAAUGGACUCCUGGGCUGUCGGAGCAGGAGUGCUGGUUCGAGGAACACCUCAACGGAAGGAGCGUCUUUAGUUUUUAGAAUCCACGUUCACUUCGCUCUCCUUCCGAUUCGAUUGAAUCGCUCCGACGCUGACAAGCAAGCCGCCAUGUUGCAUUUCAAAAAUUUCUUGGACGAGAGGAAGUCGUCGUUAGUAUCUGAGGGUGACGACUUGUCGAUGCUGCCCUGCUUCGCCUUGCCGUUCGUCCAGGGAUUGGAAAAGCAUCCGACAUUCCAAGCUUUCCUUGAGGAAAGCUGGGUGCGAAAGCUGACCGAGGACAUUCACGCCUUCUGGGGCAAGGUCCACCAUCCGCAACUGCCGCUUAUUGGUCCACGGAGGAGCGAGCCGAGACUCAUGACCAUCUUCCGGAGACAUCGGACUACGACAGCUGCACGUCCUGAUCAUUCGACAUCCGUUUCAGCCGACGAUGCGAAUAAUUCUCCCCUGCGCACAACCACCUCCGUUGUCUCGCUGGGGCGGCUGGAGGAAGCUGAGGAGACGGCUGAGUUUGGUCGAGAUGAGCAGGUGACUUCUUGUGCGCAACGCAGACUUACUAAUGAUGCGACGGCGAUACGGAGAGCGAGGAUUUGCAGACUGGAGGCCGAAUGUCGCGCCUUGCGUGCCCGGAGUGCGCGAGCAUCGCGGAAAUUCAACCACCUCCUUGGAGUCCUCAAGGAAGUUGUAAAGGCCUUGAAGUCUGUGGAAGGAGGUGAUCCGGUGAACCUGCAUCUAACUUUAUCCAAGUGUCUGUCCAGCAUGCCAGAAAUAUUCUCCCUAGAGAUGCGGGAGAAACAGUCGCCGUUGCUCUGCGGUCGUCAGGGAUCCCAAGCA